AUGUUGACCCCCCCCCUACUCGCUUUGUCUACUUUCGUUCUUCUCCUGUAUUACUUCCCUUUCUUUUUCUGUUAUCUCUCUCUCUCUCUCUCUCUCUCUCUCUCUCUCUCUCUCUCUCUCUCUCUCUCUCUCUCUCUCCUUCCUUCUUUCAAGAGAAAUUCGGCUUUUUUUUCUACUUCUUCAAUUCUUUGUUUUCCUACGCAACAAUUUCCUCGUUUAUUUCUUCUCCUUCUUUCACUUCCUUUAUUUAGCCACUCUGUUUUUCUCUUUGAAUGUUCUCUUUUUAUACCCCUCUACCACUGCCCCAUAUCCUCUACGCCCCCCCGUGCCUCCCCGUCUCCCCUAAGCCUCCCCUUGUGUAUACCUAAGCCCCCCCUUUCUCCUACGCCUCCCCUACACUUCUCUUCUCUCCCCUACACUUCUCUUCUUCUCCCUCCUCUUUUCUUUUCUUCUCCCUCCUCCUUUCUUUUCUUCUCCUUUCCUCCCCUCAUUCUUUUUCUCCCGCCUUUUUUCUCUUCUUCUCCCUCCUCUUUUCUCGUCUUCUCCCUCCUCUUUUCUCGUCUUCUCCCUCCUCUUUUCUCGUCUUCUCCCUCCUCUUUUCUCGUCUUUUCCUCCUCUUUUCUCUUCUUUCCCUCCUCCUUUCUCUUCUUUCCCUCCUCCUUUCUCUUCUUUUCCCUCCUCCUUUCUCUUCUUUUCCCUCUUCCUUUCUCUUCUUUUCCCUCCUCCUUUCUCUUCUUCUCCCCUCUCUCUCUCUCCCCAUAUAACAUCUUUUCCCUUUUUCCUCCAUUCACUUUCACUUCUUUAUCUCAUUCCUCUUUCCUCAUAUUCUCCCACCACUCAUCUCCAUUUCUAUCCACUUCUCUUUCUCUCAAUGCACUGACUUUUGCUGUUAGGCAGCUCGAUUGUCUAUCCAUCUGA